AUGGGUGGGCUUUCUUUCUCCAUCCUGAUCCUUUUUCUGUGCGCAACAUCCCCACUCCACCUGCUGGCGACAGCGGAGCGCGACGUACUGGCGCCCCGCCAGGCGAUCACCGGGAACCAGACUCUCGUGUCCGCUGGGGGAACCUUCGUCCUGGGCUUCUUCUUUGGGAGAAGAAAUCGCUACCUAGGGAUAUGGUACAAUAAGAUCCCCAACAGAACUGCGGUGUGGGUCGCCAACAGGGACCAGCCUCUCAUCGACUCUGCUGCCUUCUUUACUGUGACAGCGGACAGGAAUCUCGCCUUAGUGGACUCAAACGGAAGCUUUGUCUGGUCCUCGAACUUGGCCAGCGUCCCCAGCGGCACCGUGGCCAUGCUUCUGGAGUCGGGGAAUCUGGUUCUCAGGCAAAGAAACGGGCAGGACGUCUGGCAGAGCUUCGAUCACCCCACCGACACUAUUCUGCCGGAGAUGAAGCUUCGCUACAACACGAAAACGGGCUUAGGCCAGAGGGCCGUUGCGUGGAGGGACGUCGACGACCCCUCUUCGGGAAACUUCUCCGCAGGGCCAAUCUCCAACCAAAUCUUCAUCUGGAGGGGAUCCGAGACCAACUGGAGGUUCCCCGUUUUGAGAGGAAGUACUAGGCUCGUUGCCUGGCAUGAAAGCUCUCCAAGUAGAGUUCAGUGCGUGGUCUGGGUCACGUGGGUCGCAGACGAAGUCUCUUGGAGCUUCAAAACCGUUGGGGGCACAGCCCCGGCGAGGUGUACUCUGGAGCCUUCCGGAGAACUAAAGAUGAUGGUGUGGGAGGAGGCAUGGAGUGAGUGGCGCCCGUUGUGGAUAAGACCAACCUGUUUCUGCGACGUCUAUAAUCUCUGCGGGCCGUCGGGAGUCUGCAAUUGCAACGCGGAACCGCCGACCUGCAUAUGCCUACAGGGGUUUGUUCCGAAGAACCAGACCGAGUGGGAGAAGAGAACCUUCUCCAAUGGCUGCGUCAGGAGGGUUCCGCUCCAGUGCAGCAAAAGUGACAAGUUCCUGGCAGUGAAAAGGGUCAAGCUGCCGGAUACGUUGAGGACGAUAGAGAAGAAAACGGAAUUCGAGUGCCGGGCAGACUGCAUCUCCAACUGCCAAUGCAUCGCUUACGCUUAUGCAAACACGAGCGUAGAGUCACACGGCUACAUGUGCCUGGUUUGGUACGGAGAUCUCAUAGAUCUUGAGAUCGACGAUAACAUUUACUGGGAGAACCUGAACAUACGGCUGGUGGCGUCAGAGCUCGGUAAGCUUGAUUUAAAUAUAUCCUUGACUUCACUAUCGGAGAAUCCACAUAAUAAUCCACCAUUAUUCCCUCAUCCUGCUCGCAGAUGAGAACCAAAAUCCAAUGAAGUUCCUGCCACCGGUACUAGCUGUCGGUGCACUAUUGGUAGGAGCUGGUUCCUAUUUCCUAGUGAAGAGACUCAGAUCACGAGGUAAUAAGUUUCCCUGAAUGUUAUUUUCUUGAGCCAAGAACGAGUAGCGGAACUGACAAACAAGUAUGUCUUGAAGCGCGGAAGAGGACGGCCAGGUGGACCACGGCGUUAGAGGACAUUGACUUCUCUGAUGCAUUUGGAAGAGACAAAAGCUUCUCAGAAGCACCCAUGGUGGAAUUCAGGAGUGUUCGCUGUGCUACCUGUGAUUUCUCAGUCGCCAACAAGCUCGGCGAAGGGGGAUUUGGUUCCGUUUACAAGGUUAUUACCAGUCACUCCUCAUAGUUCAACCUGUUCAUGAAGUAGUUCAUAGUUUAUAAAUCGCAACCGCGUAGGAUGAACUCUCGCUUUCUCUCGAGCUCUCUCCACCUUUCUUUCACUCUCCAUGUAUAUGUCAAUCCAUGUCUAUUUAUAUUGGUAUGCGUAUAUAUGAGUCUCUAUUCAGGGGAAGCUGGGAAAUGGGCAUGAGGUAGCUGUUAAGAGGCUCUCCAGGGGCUCCAAGCAAGGCCAUCACGAGUUCGCCAAUGAAGUCAGACUCAUCGCCAGGCUGCAACACAAGAAUCUCGUUCGUCUUCUGGGCUGGUGCACCGACCAAGACGAGAAGAUUCUGAUCUACGAAUACAUGCCCAAUAAGAGCCUCGACAAGCUCGUAUUCGGUGGGUUUGUCUUCACUGGACUUUUAUGAUUCCGAUUCUGCCGGGAAGGAUUCAAGCUUCGCUAUUUUCGUAAAUAAUUAAUGCUUUUUGGUUUUACUACUGGGAAACAGCAAGAUCGGUGGAACUCAGUUGGGAGAAGCGUUUGACGAUCAUCAUGGGGAUAGCGGAUGGGCUUCUCUAUCUGCAUCACCACUCUAGAAUGCGCGUCAUACACAGAGAUCUGAAGACGAGUAAUAUACUGCUCGACAACGAGAUGAACCCCAAGAUCUCAGACUUUGGGUUGGCAAGAAUAUUUGAAAUAAACCAGACCGAAGGAAAUACUAGGAAGAUCGUCGGAACGUUGUAGGUUCUAAUCAAGUUCCGAAUCUUCUAUCAGUUUCAUCCUCCUAUCGUGACUAAUCUCGCUGAAUUUCGGGCUGUGGGUGCAGUGGAUACAUGUCGCCGGAGUACGCCAUAGACGGCGUCUUCUCUGAGAAAUCUGACGUCUUCAGCUUCGGCGUGAUCGUCUUGGAAGUCAUCAGUGGGAAAAGAUGCACGGGGUAUUAUCCUUGCAGGGAGUCACUGAAUCUUCUGGGAUAUGUGAGUUCCGGCCACCUGCUUUGCUUCCUGAUGAGAUUCAGUCAUAAGAAUCGUUUCGGAAUAAUGUAGUUCGACGGAUUUUUAUUAAACGGUUUCCCCUUCCUUCAACUUCAAUGUGCUCUCGACUGAAUGGUGCAGGCGUGGCAGCUAUGGAAAGAAGGCAGAGCCAUGGAACUCCUGGACCGUGCAAUUAAGAGAUCAUUCCAGGCCGACGAAGUGCUGAAGUGCAUUCAAGUGGGAUUACUGUGCAUCGAGGAAAAUCCGGCGGACAGACCCACUAUGAAUUUUGUCGUUUCUAUUCUGACAAGUGAAAGCUGUGCGUUGCCAUUGCCGAAGCAGCCUGGUUUUUCGUUUGGAAGAAAUCUCAGGGUCCGUGCUGACAGAUCGCCGAGAUCAUCCAUUUAUGGGUUGAGCGAGAGUACGUUGGAAGGGCGUUGA